UAUGAUGUUGAUUGUCAGUAUAACAAAUACUUUCAGAGAUGGGUAGAUGACAGCAUGCACAUGAACAUUUCUUUGGGGAUGGACAUCAUCCUGGGAAUUGGAUUAUGGCAUGUUCAUAGGAAUCAGGAUAAAUGCUUUGUUUGGUAUGCAUCCAACUUUAUCCCAGGGACAGCCAGGAUCAACAGAGAGAUCAUGGAAAUGCUAUAG